GCCAAAAACUACAACGUCGACUUUUCAUCGUUUCGAAACAAUUGGGCAUAAAUCGUGGCAUAAAUAAUAUGUGUAGUUCCUUACCAAUAAAGUGAAGCAUAAGCUAAAAAAAUUGAACGCUCUUGAAGAUCAAUUGCCCCAAAGCCAACAAACACAAUAACAAUGGAGAGCGACAAUGAUUCUGAUAUCGGUGAUAUACUGGACGAUCUUUUAGCUAAUGCGAAUGACACCAACAAAAGUGAGCCGGCAAAAAAAUUAGAGGAACUGAAUUACAAUUUUUUGGAUUCCGAGGGUAACAUCAAAGAGACUGGAUCGAAAUUGGAUAAAAAUGAGUCAAGUGUGGUGCACGAUCAAGAUGUGGAUUCAUCUGAUGACGAGGAUAAAAAGAAUUUUGAAGAGCAAAAGUAUUCCGACUACGGAAGAAAUUUGAAGAACAUCUUGAAGACAGAAAACUUAUCCAAAUCCAUGAAAAAGUUUUCAAAAACACAGGAGAAAUCUCCAACAAUCGUAGGAAAUUCGUCCCAAAUUGUUGAUCAAGUUUCCAAGAAUUUUGUUAAACGAUCUAACGAUUUAAAUGACGUACAGAAAAAAAUCAUGCCUCAAAGCGGACUUGCAAAACCAAAGGAUGUCUAUAGCGAUCCUAUAUUCGGUUUAAGACUGGUCAAGCCUCUCAUAUCUUCGGCAGAACUUGUGGAGCGAAUGAAGGGAAGAAAAGCUGUAACGAUAUCAAAGGUCAAACAUCACUUGUCGUCGGAGAGUAGUCAAGAUGAUUGGGUUCUUGCAGGUGUUCUAAUGAACCGUUCGGCAACAAAGAAAUCUCAAAAAGGCACUAACUAUUGUAUCUGGAAAUUGACUGAUUUGGGAGAUCAAAUGAAUGCCGUAUCCGUGUUUCUGUUUAGCGGAGCUUAUAAAUUAUUUUGGAAAACAGCAACAGGAGUAGCUGUUGCAAUUUUAAAUCCUGGCGUUAUGGAUUCUAAGGAUUCCACAGAUCAGGCAACCCUUUCGGUCGACAAUGCUCAAAAAAUUAUGAUUUUAGGAAAUUCACGUGAUAUGGGCAAAUGUAAAUCAACAAAAAAAAAUGGAGAGCCUUGUUCCAAUGUAGUCAAUAUCUCGCAAUGCGAAUAUUGCGUUUAUCACGUUAAACUCGAGUAUAAGAAAGCGUCAAAACGCACAGAUAUUCAGUCAAAUGGGACUAGCAAUGGUUUUGCAUCGGCCAUGGCUAAGAAAGCAAAGACACCACUGCCCGGUAUGUAUUCUCAGAACAUAAUUAAUCAAAACUUCACACCAAUUUUAGCAAAGCGAAAUGAAAAAUUACAUGCGAAAGACUCAGCUCGAUUGGCUUUGCUUCGUGGAGCAGCCGUGGAUGCUAAAUUACCCGAAAAGCCGGUUAAUACAGAAUCCAAGAAAAAAGCAUUCCCCGUGGAGAUGACGAGUAAUCAAUUGAAAAAAGAUCUCGAGAGAUUGGGUAAAUUAAGGGCAUGGAACGUGGCGCAACCGACAAUUGUAGCCAGUCCUUUGGAAACUUCGAGCUUUGUUUCCGGAACAAAAAAAUCGCCGCAAUUAUCGAUAUCAUCGUUGAGUACGAAUUCUCCAGUACCGCGUUUGGGCAUCGGUGCACAAGGAGGCAAGAUUGAUUUCUCACAGCCAAUAACGAAACGUCACGUCGACAAAGCCCGUCAGAAUGCUUUGCGCUGGAUCAAAGAGAAUGGAAUGGUAAAACAAUCGAAUCCGAACAAAAUAUUGGAAAGCCGAGACAAGAAGGUAAAUGCCGGAGUAAAACGUCAAAGAGAGUCGAACGAAGAUGAACUCGAAGAGAGUGAAAAAAAAAGUAAAAAAGCUCCGAUAAGCGAUAAAUUCAUGGAGUUGAUGCAAGCGAAAUCGUCGCAUGUGGAUCUGGUGGAAAAGUCCGAGGAAGAGGAGAAAGAUAAGUAUUUCAAUAAACUAGAAGUGAAAGAAAGGAUGGAGGAAAAGAUGAUGAGUACUUUCAAAAUCGAAUGUAAAGCGGUUAAAUGUCUCAUCUGCAAAUACACGGCUUAUUCGGGUUCGGAUUUGUGCAAGGAACAAAAGCAUCCCCUCAAAGUUGUCAACGCUAUGAAAAGUUUCUUCAAGUGUCACGACUGUGGCAAUAGAACAACUACUCUGGACAGAAUACCGACACAUAGUUGCACGAAAUGUCAAAGUUCGCGUUGGGUGAAAGCAGCCAUGAUGGCAGAAAAAAAUACGAGCAUUCCAUCAGCUGUACUCUCGAUUCGUGGCGGAGAGGAAAAAUUCAUCGGUUCUACAUCUCAGGAUGCCAAUAUUAAUCUUCUCGUUCCAGAUUCCGGAACAGCUGAUUCCUAAUUACCGAUUACCAUGAACAAUAUUAUUUUUCCCCAUUUUUCAGGGGACUGUACAGAUAGACUCGACAAAAAUAAUUAGUCAGUCCAGAAUGAUAUCAAGGGACGUCUCGUGAUAUUAGCUUGUAGUAUAUUACCGCACACGAUACGUAACAGCGGAGCAGCUCUAACUGGUUCGGAGCUGAUACGAACAAGUUGGCCAAGAACAUUUUUCGUUUAUAUAGUUACUAAAAUAUCAAUUUUGAAUUCAUAAAAUCCAGAUGAAUUCUUUGUUGUUUUCCUAAAAUCAUUGUAAGUUCAUGACACUGUAUAGGAUAAACUUUUGAUCACAAAUUUUUAACUCAUCGAUUCGGCACUAUGUGAUGAGAAAUGCCAAGUUUAUUCUUCGUAAAAUAGCGUUUAAUGCGUAAGAGAGGAUCGUUUUCUUCAUAUCCUGUUAAAAUUGAUAAAAAUGAUAUUUGCAGAAUUAUACGAAUCAAGAUUUUCAUUGUUUUUUUUUUAAUAAAUUCUUUAACGUUUAGCGACAUUUCUAUUUUUUUUUCUUUGCUUUAUCCCAAUUUCCAUCACGCCAACUCGAUGACUUUUUUUGUAAAUAGGAUUUUGUGAAGAAUACUUUUUUCGAUUGAUUUGGUACUUUUUUUUCCAAGCUUAGGAACGUGGGCGAUACAGGUUAUAUUGAGAAACUUGAGUAAAAUAUAUGCAUAUGAUAAUUGGCUACAUAUUUUUCCUAUCGCCAGUUUUCAAUUUACGGACGAAGAAAAAUCUCUGUAUUCUUUUGUUUCAAUCAUGCGUUGGAAUGUGCCUUGAUCACCAUUAGCACUCGUAUUAAAUACUCGUUUUAACAAGA